AUGGAUGUCCUCUCAUCUAAGCUUGAUGGCUCGGACCUCGAGCGCAAUGAAGCCACCAGCUUCUUCAAAAACAAUACCGUCAACAACUUUUCCUGGCGCGAUCUCACCGUCACCGUCAAGGACCGCCAUACCAAACAGCCCCGGAACCUGAUCGAUGGGAUCAGCGGGUCAGUCCAGCAAGGCGAACUAGUCGCUUUGAUGGGUCCCUCGGGAUGCGGCAAGACUACUCUACUCAACGUUUUGGCUCGUCGCGCAGCAUCAUCGGGAGCAAAGACUACUGGAGAUGGCUAUAUAGAUGGCAAGACGGUCGAUAAUGCGACAUUUGGUCGACUCACUUCUUACGUGGAGCAGGAGGAUGCACUGAUCGGGUCGUUGACGGUGCGCGAGACAUUGAAGUUUGCCGCAGAUCUCUCGUUGCCCAGCUCGGUUACGAAACUUCAACGGAAAGAGCGCAUUCACUCUCUUUUACAGGCAUUUGGAAUUCAGAACCAGGCAUCCACUUUGGUUGGCACGCCCAUUCGCAAGGGAAUCAGUGGUGGUCAGAAACGGCGUGUUAGCGUGGCGAGUCAACUCAUGACGUGCCCUAAGAUUCUGUUUUUGGAUGAACCGACCAGUGGACUGGACUCAUCGGCCAGUUUCGAGGUCAUCUCCUACGUUAAGGAGAUGGCGGUUGCUAACAACCUCAUCAUUAUCGCCAGUAUCCAUCAGCCGUCCACAACUACAUUCCAGCUUUUCGAUAAGCUGCUCCUCCUCUCGAGCGGGAAGACGUGCUACUUCGGUCCUGUCAAGGAAGUGCCGACCUAUUUCGACAGUAUUGGCUAUUCGCUGCCAGCAAACACCAACCCGGCCGAGUUCAUCCUCGAUCUGGUCAGCUCCGACUUUGCAGGCAGCACACACGCCAUGUCCAAGGAUCAGGUCCAGCGGAUUCAUGCAAGCUGGACUGAGUCCCCCAACGCCGCAGCGCUAACAGAGCAGGUCUCGCAGCGGACCGUCUUAUCCGAGAAGCAGUCGGCGAAAUUCGACAUGGACGAGCUAAGUCGCCCAGGCAUUCUCAGCAUCACUCUUACUCUCUUGCACCGCUCCUUCAUCAAGAGUUACCGUGAUGUCGUGGCAUACGGCAUCCGUAUCGUCAUGUACCUGGGGCUGGCGAUCAUGAUGGGAACCGUCUGGCUGCGCCUACACACAGAACAGAGCUACAUCCAGCCUUUUAUCAACGCGAUCUUCUUCGGCUCCGCCUUCAUGAGCUUCAUGGCCGUAGCCUACGUCCCCGCCUUCAUCGAGGACCGCAUGACCUUCAUCAAAGAACGCGCCAACGGUCUCUACGGCGCCCUCCCCUUCAUCGUCUCCAACUUUAUCAUCGGCCUCCCCUUCCUCUUCCUAAUCUCCCUCCUCUUCUCCAUCAUCUCCUACUGGCUCUCCAACUUCAGCCCCACCGCCACCUCCUUCUUCACCUGGGUAAUGUGGCUCUUCCUGGACCUCGUCGCCGCCGAAUCACUCGUCGUCUUCAUGACCUCCAUCUUCCCCAACUUCGUCAUCUCCCUUGCCCUCGUCGCCUUCGCCAACGGCCUCUGGAUGAGCGUCGGCGGAUUCCUCGUCACCCCCAAGAUCCUCAACCCGUUCUGGAAAUAUGUUUUCCACUACAUCGAUUACCAGGCAUACGUCUUCCAAGGCAUGAUGGUGAACGAAUUUCAACAUAGAAUCUACUCCUGCGGUGACUCCUGCCAAUGCAUGUACCAAACGGAUUUGGCCAAUGAGUGCAAGAUCCGGGGGAUAGGCGUACUUCAGGAAUACGGGUAUGCUACGGGUAGGACGGGGAAGUGGGUGGGCAUUCUGGUGGGCAUUAUUGCUGUGUAUCGGCUUUUUGCGUAUUUUGCGUUGGUGCUGAGGAGGACUUAG